AUGUCGGCAACCACGCCGGCCGUCUCAACGACCCCACUGACGGCGUGGUGGAAUAACAUGACACUAUCCGGCAUUUAUCCAUCAAUCUCAACCACUUCAACCACCCCGUCAACAGCCUCCUCCUCAUGGAGCUCUCAUUUUAUCUUCGGCGGAAAUCCGAGCACUGCUGCAAACACGCCACAAUCUACCGUACCCCCAUCGGCACUAUCCUCGGGUUACACAGAGGAUAUUACUGUAGCCGGAAGCUUGUUGAAGGAUAAGAUCACUGGGUUGAUGGAUACGCUAAUGGGCAGAGAGUCGGUACACGCCGGGUGCGGGUAUGGAGAGGAUGGACGGAUUGCGAUGAUGGUCGACAAAGUCUACCUGGUCGAUCGUCUCGGAUCACAUGAGAACCUCGUCGGCACCGUCCACGUCACAACGACCCACAUCAUUUUUCGAGCUGAAAACGGCUCAAAAGAGCUAUGGCUAGCCACGGGACUCAUUGCUUCUGUGGAGAGAGGGACCCUGACGGCCGCCGGAUGUCAGUUGGUGAUACGGUGCAAACAUUUUCAGGUGAUCACCCUGCUGAUAAGCCGUGAUAAAUCGUGUCAAGACCUGUAUGAAACAUUGCAAAGAGCUGCGAAACCUGUUUCAGUGAACGUGACCGAGCUAUUGGCAUUCGAGAAUCGAGAGCCGGUGGAUGAUGCCAGAGGAUGGAAACGGUUGGAUUGGCCGGCCGAAAUGGCCAGACAGGGUGUCUUGGCUUCACAGAAUCCCAAAUGGACACAAUCGGGAAUUAAUGAGGGGUAUACGAUCUGUGACACCUACCCCGACAAACUCUGGUUCCCAACCGCCGCAUCGACCUCUGUGCUCCUCGGGUCGUGUAAAUUCAGAAGUCGUGGACGUCUUCCCGUGUUGACCUACUUCCACCGCCAAACCGAAGCGGCACUAUGCAGAUGCGCUCAACCGCUAACCGGCUUUUCGGCGAGAUGUGUGGAGGAUGAGAAGUUGAUGGAGCUGGUGGGAAAAGCGAAUCCAAACUCGGAGAAUCUGCUCCUAGUGGAUACGAGACCACGUGUCAAUGCGAUGGUUAACAAAGUUCAGGGGAAGGGUUUCGAGGACGAGAGAAACUACUCAAACAUGCGCUUCCACUUCUUCGACAUUGAGAAUAUCCACGUGAUGCGUGCCUCGCAAGCACGUCUUCUGGACGCUGUGACAAAGUGUCGUGACGUGGCAGAAUACUGGAAGACGUUGGAAUCAUCGGGAUGGUUGAAACAUUUGAGAGCUGUUGUUGAGUGUUCGCUGUUCCUGGCGGAGAGUAUUAGCAGAGGAACGAGCUGUGUUGUACAUUGCUCAGAUGGAUGGGAUAGGACUUCGCAGGUGGUGGCGAUGUGUCAACUCCUCCUCGACCCCUACUACCGUACCAUUCACGGUUUUCAAAUUGUCAUCGAAAAGGACUGGCUGGGCUUCGGACACAAAUUCGACGAUCGCUGUGGUCACGUCGGCGUGCUGAACGACGAGGCGGGCAAAGAAAUCUCGCCGAUUUUCUCCCAAUGGCUGGAUUGUGUUUGGCAGAUUAUGCAGCAGAAACCAAGAGCGUUUCAGGUGGGGAAUGCGUUCAACGAGCGAUAUCUGAUCGAGAUACACGAGCACGUCUACUCGUGUCAAUUUGGCACUUUCGUCGGAAAUUGUGAUAAGGAUCGCAGGGAUCUGAAUCUCUCGAAACGCACGAAAUCCCUCUGGACAUUCAUGGACGCACGCCACGACGACUACAUGAAUCCGUUCUACUCGCCAACCGCCCACGUGGCACUUUUGGAUUUGGACACACGGGCGGCUCGUUUCAGUGUGUGGACUGGGAUGUAUAACAGAUUUGAUGGGGGACUACAGCCAAGAGAACGACUGGAAGACUUGACGAUGACUGCGAUGGAACAUGUUGGAGUAUUGGAAUCUCAUGUGGCUCAGUUGAGAACUCGUCUCGCUGAAUUGAAAAGCCAGCAACAACAACUCUCCACAUCGGCCACAACGCCUACAAAUAUGAUAGAUUCUGGAAUGUCGAGUGCAACAGAUGAACUCAAAAAUCUCUCCAUCUCCCAUCCGCUGGACCCUCUUCUCAACACAUCCACGUCGUCCUCAUCGACGUCACGUCUUCUGGAGCGUGCCACGUCGCAAGAAUCCGGAGUCAUGGAUUCGAGUUUGUACUAUCCGGAUGAGGCGUUGACUAGAUACUCUCUGAAAUGGCAACCGCUUCGUGGCGCCGACCGAUGCUCGAAUCCGACGUGUCGUGGCGAGUUUUCAAGUACCAUCGAGCGAAGAAUUCAUUGUCAUCUGUGUGGAAUGGUAAGGAAUGAUGAUUCAGGACAAAUUUCAGACAAAAUGAACCAAAAAUUAAAGAAAUCGGCUGAAAAUGAGCCAAUUCUCAAUGAAGCGCAUUUACAGAUCUUCUGCCGCCGCUGCCUGAAAUCGACUCCAGAUGAGAGGGAACGAGUGUGCGACAAGUGCAAAUCCGACUAA